UAAACAUUAAUAUCUAUAAUAAAGUAUCCUUUCACUUAUCAUAUCUAUAAUGUUACAUUAUAAUUCAAUGUAUAUAAUAUUAAUUAUAUAUUUAUAUUGUUAUAGAUAUUCAUUAGUUACCUUAGUAACUACAGAUUACUAUAUGAUUAACAAAAUAAUCAAUAAUAAUAAUAAUGAAGAAUAUGGAAAAUUGAUAUGGGGAAAUGAUACCUAUAGACAAUCUUAUCAUUAUUAUUAUAAUCAAUUCAUUAAAAUUGAUCAAUUAUCACCGAUAUUAUUUAAUAAAUUUAAUAAAAGUUUAAUUUCAUCAAUUUCAUAUUUGAAUCUAACUACUUUAUUCCCAAUAAAAUAUUAUGGUAUUAAAUAUGAUACAGUGAAUAUAUUAUCUAAAGGUAUUAUAGGUAUUGGAAGAUCAUUUCGUCAUUCGGGAGCAAUGAAAAAAAUUGAAGUUUUUAAUGGAAUGGAUAAAGAUGGUGGAGUGGAGAUAAUGAAUACCAACAAAUUUUUGGCAAUAAAAUGGAUUAAUUUAAGUAUUUCUGCUUUACAUGAUGAUGAGCCGGAAGAAUAUGCCAUAGUAGCUUGCAUUAUAUACUCCAAUGGAAAUAUAUCAAUUUAUUUUGAAAAGAUACCAACAGAAUUUGGUAACACUGGAGGGAAAUUAACUAUUACAGAUGGUUAUGAUUAUGCUACAUAUAAUUCAACUGGAUUGUAUAUCAUUAAAACAUCCUACAGUAUGAUUAAAACUCCUGAAAUUAUGAUCAGAUCUGGAACGUUGGUUGAAUUCACCCCAAAUAAAAUUUGUUCAGAGCAAGAACUUUGUGAAACAUGUAUUAAUGCAUCAUCUUUAAAUGAAAAAUGUUAUUGGUGUCCAAUUGUCAAUAAAUGUAGUCAUGGAUUUGAUAUUCACAGGCCAUUAUGGAUGUUAAAACGCUGUUAUAUUAAAAACACUACAAAGUGUCAAGAGUCAACUACUUCAGUAUACACAUCGGAUCAUGAACUGAGCAGCAUGAGGACCACUGAGUAUUAUUCAAAUACCUUUCCUAACCACAGCUUUACAAACUAUUCAGAAACAACUCUUGAACUAUCAACAACAAAUUCAGUAUACACACCGGAUCAUGAACUGAGUAGCAUGAGGACCACUGAGUAUUAUUCAAAUACCUUUCCUAACCACAGCUUUACAAACUAUUCAGAAACAACUCUUGAACUAUCAACAACAAAUUCAGUAUACACACCGGAUCAUGAACUGAGUAGCAUGAGGACCACUGAGCAUCAUUCAAAUACCUUUCCUAACCACAGCUUUACAAACUAUUCAGAAACAACUCUUGGACUAUCAACAACAAAUACAUUCAACUAUAAAACCAUGAAAAAUGGAUUACAAACUAAUCAACUUCCAUCAUUUAUUUGGAAUAACAGAAAUAUAAACAACAGUGGUAUCAGUCUCCCUUUAUACUCAUUCAUCUUAAUGCCAAUUGCAUUAGCGAUCCUUUUUCUAACUCUAAUGUGUACUCUAUGGUUAUGUAUAUAUAAGAGAUCAAAAAAGAAGAAUAAGAGAAAAGUUCCAUACCCAAAUCAGUCAAGUUCAUAAUUCAGUCAGUUCAAAUGAAUCAUAUACUAAUGUAAUUUUGUUCUAAUCUAAAAUAAUUCAUAAUCACAUUUUGACCAUAAAUAUAGUUUGUUUUUCUUAAUUUA